AUGUCCAAUCUACAAAAGAAUCCUGAAGACAUUGGAAGCCUUGGCCAUCCACAGUCUCCUUUAAAUGACUCUCGUACGAUCACAAGAAUGCACCCUUCACUCAAAAGGCCAAGAGCACCCAUUGCAUGCUAUAGAUGUCACCACAAAAAGGUACGCUGCGAUGGUGCUCAUCCUAACUGCACUCGCUGCCUGUCAACAGGUGUGCUCUGUGCAUAUCCUAAUUCUAGGCGGUCGAGAAAUACCCAGCCAACCAAUGUAGACCCAUUUAUAAACAACCUUUCUCAUCUUGAAGCCCGGAUCCGUCGAAUCGAAACCGAUCUAGAAUCCCAACGAGCGAUCAUGCACUCUGUCUUCUCGCCAAAAAACGACGCCGAGUGCAGCAUGGGGCGCCGAUUCAAAGAAGCACUCUCUCUUGACAGCACAAACCAGAUGAACCUCUCUCAGCAACACAAUCUAGUCGCCGGCGAACUAAAUGCCCAGAUGCUAAAAACAGAGCAAGAAGUCCAGGAGUCUCGGUCAAUCUUGGCUCAAUUGCGUCUAAGAGGCGAACAAAAGAUUGCCCGAGGUAAAAGAGCCGCCGCCGCCGCAGUCUCUACAACCACAAAUAGCUUAGGCCGUUCUGCAUUAGCAUCAACAGAUCAAUCUUUACAGCAGCAAUCAUCAUCAUCAGCAGCAGCAGCAGGAACAAUAAUUGGUGGAGGAGCAACAACAUUAUCGUCAACGUCAACAUCAACAUCGGCAGGAGCAACAGGAUCUUCUGGGCCUAGUUCUAAAGAAACAGGGAGAACAAGAUCUGUGCAUUCAUCUGCAGCAAACCGACAAAAACUAAACAAAUCUCAACAGGCCAUUGAAAAGCAAAAGAAGAACGCAAUUUUGACAGGAUCAGUGUCACCAUCGUACAAUGUCACACCUUGUAAUCUCAAUAAUCCAAUGGAUACUCAUUACUCGCUCCACCCACUCCAUCCAUCCUCAGCACUUUCUCCUUCAAAUGGAUGUGCUUAUGGCAAUAAUCCAAUCAUCACAAAGAACGAGUACAUGGAUGCCCACCAAUUCUGUGUUGAGGCCUCAAAUACAAUGGUUGACUGGUCGCUAUUGCAACGGACUUCAUCCAACGAUGGAUCUGUGGCAGGAACAUCUGCACAGCUGGCAGAUAUUCAUAAGCAGCACAAUGGAAUCCUGUCUCCCACGCCAUCCAACACCUACCGAAGCCCCAAUGGGAGCAUGUCCGCAAAUGAUAGUAACGGUCGUACUUUCACAAUGUCUAAUUCGCCCUUUAUCCAGCCCUUGAACAUUUCUUUUAACCUUGCACCUUCUUCAUCCUCUUCUUCAACAACAACCGAUUCGACAGUUUCUUCCUCAGUGCAGACGUCGCACAUAUCUCAGCCUUUGGGUAAUGAUUCUUGCAACAUGUUCAAUCUUUCGACCUUUAUGAUUGAUGAUAUGCUGACCGAAGAAUCGCAUGGUAAGAUUUCAACUUAA